UUUUACAAAAAGUAUUUAGGCGCUAAGUUUAUAUAUCUUGAUAGAAACGUGCAUGAUGAAGUAACCAUUGAUUAUACUUCCGUGAUGAAAUAUUAAGUAACUCUUUUCGAGAACAUUUUGUUAAAGAACACCAAACUUUAAUGUUACUUGAAAAUAACCCAGUAAAUCUAGUCCGUCGAUUACUCAAAGUCAUAACUAAACUUUUAUACGCAUUCAAAAAUGUGUAAUAAUACAAUAUACGAUGAUUUAGUUCAUGGAAUAAUAUAUUAAUAUUCAAAUAGAUGUAACCAUAAAACAGUGCGAUGGUUUAUAAAUAGAUUAGUUAUAUGAUAAUAAAUGAUUAAUUAAAUAGUAAAGAAAUAUUUUUGAAUUUAUAUUUACUAUAGAAAUAUAAAAGAACCCAUUACUUGGGUGAAGUAUACAACUUUAGAUAAAUUAUAUACACUUAAAAUCAAUCGCUGAACUGUUAAUAUUUAAUUUCAUACCUACCACUUAUUUGUAUGUGGAUUAUACUAUUAUAUUAAUUGAAACUAAACAAUUUUUUUUUUUUUUAUUUUAUUAGUUAACCCGCGGCAACUUAGGCCAUUGGAUGGUGUUGAAACUGUGGGGGAGGGAACAGUAGGUAUAAACACGCGUGUGUAGUUUUGGCAGAUUUUCAAGUGGGCGCCCAUACGUAUCUGCCAUGCCCGGGUGGGGGAUGGCAGCACUUGUUCUCCGGACACCGUGACUAGCCCGAAGAAAAAUGCCACCCGUGGACCGAGGGUUGAACCAGCACCGGUGUGCGUCACAACCGACGCCUUAGUCCGCUCGGCCACUCCGUUCCCUACUAAACAAUUAUGGAUUUAGAAUUGAACGAUUGUAUUUCUACAAAAAUAAUUGAAUAUUAAGUCCAAAAUAAUGUCGACUGAUAUAAAUGAAGAUUUUGAAGACGAAAUAAGCCUAACUGACAGGUUUGUAAAAUACUAUCCGUUGGCUGUUGUAUGUCUCGGAAGCUUGGGAAAUUGUAUAUCAGUGUUAGUGUUUUUCGGGACAAAAUUACGAAAACAAUCGUCAUCAUAUUAUUUAUCUUCGUUAGCAAUCAGUGACACAUUAUUUUUAUUAAUACAACUGAUGCCUGUACUAUCCAAAGUUGGAAUUGGGAUAUAUCACAUGCAAGGUUUUUGUCAAUUUUUCGUCUACUUGGCCCAGAUAUGCAGUUUUAUUAGCGUGUGGCUUGUUGUGGUGUUUACAUCAGAACGUUUUAUAGCUGUUCGAUAUCCAUUACACAGAUCAGUGAUAUGCACAGUAUACAGAGCUAAAAUAGUACUAAGCAUAUUAAUCACAUUUGCAUUAAUUGUACAUAUCCCGUAUUUAGUGAUUUCAGGACCUAACGACAGAGUCUUAGCAAAUAACUCAACAACGACAGAAUGUAGCUUGAACUUUUCAUGGUAUGAAUUAUAUACGUGGCUAAACUAUGCAGACGUAUUGAUGAACAUGAUGAUACCAUUUUUCCUGAUCGUAAUAUUCAAUAGCAUGAUUUGUCAAUCUGUGUGCCGGUUAGCUAGAAUAAGACGAACAAUGACACUUCACCCAUCUAGAAGAAGACAAUCUACGUCACAAAACUCGCAACACACAUCUCAAAUAAAAGUCACAGAAAUGCUUUUAGUCGUGUCUACAGUGUUCUUAUGUCUUAAUCUGCCAUCAUACGUAUUCCGAGUAUGGAUGGUAUGGGACACUAUAACAUCGGCAAAGUACAAAACUAUACAAGUCAUUGCAAAUCAAAUGUACAACACACAUUUUGGAAUAAAUUUUGUACUGUACUGUGUAAGUGGUCAAAAUUUUCGAAGAGCUUUGGUUGAACUUUGGAAUAAAAGAAGACAUUCCAAUAAACGAUUAAAGGAAACACAGGUUACAACAGUAUUAUCAGAAUUUUCAAAAAGUGGGGUUGGAUCAAAACAAACUACCGUCAACGGAACUUGGAAAGAAGUUCAUGAACUCAUACCAAUUGCACACAGUUAAUAUCUUAAAGAUUAACUAUUUUUUUAAUAUAAUGUACAAAUAUGGUUAUAUAUAUUAUAAUAUAAUAUACAUUGUAUACAGUAAUAAAUUAUGUUGCAAUAAAUAGGUGGGGAUAAAGAGGGUGGUGUGUGGGAGUAUAUUCUCCUCCCAAUCACCCCACCCCCCCCCCCCAAAAAAAAAAAAAAACUAAUUCUUGUAUAUGUGAGUGUGUAAAUUAUUAUAAUUAUUAUUUGAUGUAAAUAGAGUAAAAAAAAACUUAUAGUACAACACUAAAUUAUCAUAGUUGUUAAUAACAAAUACAUAAAUAAUUAUUAAUUUUCUUUAGAAAUAUCGAUAUAACGAUAUUAUAGUAUUUUUAAUAUGGAUUUAUAAUUCGGUACAUUUCUUAUCGCAUACAAAUACUAUACAAAUACUGACAACCCGACAUUAUAAACACAACAGUUCGACAUGGAAAUUUAAUUUAUCAAUGUUCUGUAUUUUUUUAAUGGUUGGUUGGAACUUAUUUUCUUAACUUAUUUAUAUUUAAAAAAAAUUUACAAUAUGUUGUAAAAUAUCGAUCCUUUGGUAUUUACUAUUUAAAUACAAUAAUAUGUUAAUAGUUUAUUAAAUCCCCUCCUACAGUCCUACCAAUAAAUACUUUCUAUCGAUGCAUGUUAAAAACAAGCUUUAUAAUAAUAUAAUAUAUGUAUAGGUAUUUAAUGCACUAUAUAAUAUUAAGGUAUUAACAAUCAAUCUUUUUUAUCAAUAAAUAUUUUAUAGGUAGAUAUAGGUUGCCUAUAUAUUUUUGAAGAAUAGAUGAUAUUUUACAUGUCUGCAUAUAAUUAUAUUGUGUUUUAAUAGUAGCUAAAUAAAAAAAACAUACAAUUAAUAGGUAGGUAAUACUGUAUUGGCUUUCAUAAUAUAAUAAAAUAUCUGUAAAAAUAAGUAUUUUGUAGUAAUUAAAAUAUAAUGAUUCUAUUUUCUUUAAAUUUAGAUAUUGUAUUAGAUUUUAAUUGUUUUUUUAUGAUUAAUACCCAUGUUAUAAUAACUAUUGUCAUUUUAUAAAAUACAUUCUGGCCCUUUUAUAUAUUGUAUCAACGGCCAUAUAAUUAUAAAUGUACAAAUUGUGAAUUUUCAAAAAUUAUAGCAAUAAAUUGUUAAAUAUUUUUAUUUUUAAAUAUAGUCGAAUUUGAGUGUCCUGCAAUUUCAAAUAGGUACUUAUAUGAAAAUAUUAUACUAUUUAUAUAUUUUGCAAUUAUAGACAAUGUUUCUAAAAUAUGUAUUUCUACGGCAAAGCAUUUAAAAUGUAAGAUUUAUUUAAUGAUUAUUUUAAUAGCCACAAUUUGUCAGCAAAAUGUUCAAAUUCAAAUUUUUAGAAGAUGUAAGUCUUUAAAUUUGUACAUUAAAUGAUACCUAUAGGUUCCAUUUCCAAACACAUACAAUUUUACAAGAAAUAUACAAAAAAUAGGAUACUUGUUGAAAGUUACUAAAAUAAACAUAUUAGCAACAAAAAAAAAUAAAAAACACUAUAAGAUAAUUAUUAUCUUAUUUUAUAAUUAAAGUGUUACUAAUGAGUGACUUCUCUCUUCAAUGUUUUUUUUGUUUUCUUUCCACGCUAUGUAUGUAAUUUAUCAAAUAUUUUUACUAUGCAUUUUCUGUAUUGAUGGUUUAUCUCAAUAUAUAAGUUUAAAAAAAAUGUAUAAUCAUCAUAUUCAUCAUAAUUUACAUGUUAAAAUAAAUAGUAAGUCUACUGUAAUGAUAAGGCCGUGAAUUGAAAUUCAUUUUUUCUGAAAGUCCCAAAAACAUUGAUUUCAAGCACACAAUUAGUUUGAUCCAUUAAAGAUCUUUUUAUUUAUAUUUUAUUUAAAUAUAUUCAAUCUAUUUACAAAAUAAAAACAAUAAGUAAUAAGGACAAUAUAGACAAGUAUAUACAAACAUGAAUCGCGUGAAGAGGAGAUCGUUCAUUAACAGAAACUCAGAACAUUUUUUUUUUCCUAUUUAAGGAGAUUUCUAGACCAGUUUCUUUUUAAUCGACGGGGAAUUUGUGGUAAUGUAAGAGAGGACAUGUUUUGAAUUAAGGGGUUUAUGUGGUUUGUUAAUUUUGAAUGAACACUUUUAUAGUUUUUUUUUUGCAAUCUCGUUUACUGUUUGUAUUUUUAGGUUAUUAAGGAGGGUUGCAUUUGUUAUGUGUCAUGGAGCACCGGUUAUAAGUCUUAAGUUAAUUGACUGGAAGGCUUGAAUAGGACGAAUGUUUGCGGGUUUUGCAGGGCCCGACAUUUGGAUGCUGUAUGACCAUAUUGGUCUGAUGAUUACUUUGAAUAUGAGUAGUUUAUUUUUGAAACUCAAGUUAGAUUUUAGUAGAGGUCUAAGUAGAUGGAGUCGAGAGUCAAGUUGUUUUCGUUUUUACUUGGUCUGGUGAAGUGGAAUUGAUUUGUUAUUGAAUUUUAGUAGGGGGCAUUCCCUUUUGUUUAGGGAUAAAUUCACCUGAGCGGAUUGUUCGUUAUUGUUUUUAAUUUUCUAGUUAUUGACCCAAGAUUCUAUUUUAUUUAAAUGGAAUUGUAGAUUUUGAGAUGCGAUAUCAGAAAUAUUAUUUUACGUAAGUAUUGCUGUGUCGUCAACAAAUUAGGCGAGAAGAAUUUGGUUUAUUGUAGGUAACUAUAUCAGCGGUGAAGAUAUUAUAAAGUGUAGGUGAAAGGUCACUACCCUGGGGAAGUCCAGCUUUAAAAUCAUGAACCGUCGAUUAAAUAUUUUUUUGACGAACGGAAAACGACCGUUUUUCAAGAUAUGAUUUGAUUUUUAAAUAAUAUGGCGAAGGAAGAAGUGUUUUAGUUUAAAUAGAAGCCCGUCAUGCCAAACGCGGUCGAAGGCCUGAAAUAUAUCUAGAAAUAUCCUGGGACAGUGUAUUGAUUGGUCUCGAGGGAGGCUGAGAUUUUUUUAGUGAUUCUAUGGAAUUGGUGGAUGGAUUAUGUUGUAUUUGCGACGGAAAUCGAAUAGUGAUUUUGGUAAUAUACUAUGUCGGUCGAUUAAUGGUGUAAUUCUAUGUAGAAUUAGUUUUUCGAAGAGCUUUGCAAAAGUGGGUAGUAAACUGAUAGGACGUUAAGAACUGGUGAGAUGGUGAGGUUCUUAGGCUUAUUAGGUUUAGAUAUUAUAAUGGUAACUGAAUACUUCCAUGUAGGAAGGAACAAAGACAAACGGAGCUUAAAAAUCUUAAAAAUUAAACAUGUAUUUUUCAUUUUCUUUUGGGUUUCUUAUCUUUUUUUAUAUUUAGAGAUUUUUUUGGAAUUUUUUUUAAACUUUGAGUACAUUUUUCGCAAAUCUUCAAAAAAUAGAUAAAAGUUGAAAUUAAGUUAUCAUUAACUAAAAAAAAAAUAAAUAGUUAUUUUUUUUUGGUUUCGUCAUUAUUUUUAUUGCGUAUGUGUAAAUCAGACCAAUGUGGCUGUGGCUGCAGUGCUGCACAAGUUCAAACCAGUCUGACUAACGAAUUUUCUAUUAUGUACUAUUGUCUAUUAGUGUAUUAAGUGGUACCCACUUUUAAAGGCAUUUUUCUUGUUUUUAAGAACAUUAAACACCGCGCCUUAUAAGGUAGUUAGGUUAGGUUCACUAGUCCUCGACUACCUACCAUUGCAACCAUUGAUGGCUCUCUAGUCGAAACAUUAAAAUUUUUUAUUGAACAUGAUUUUAUUAUUGUUUUUGCUUUAAUUCGUAUUGAACUUUAUUUAAUCUAAAUCAUGUUGGAGCAAACAAUAAAAUGUCGGAAAUACAUGCGCAAUUAGGUAUUCUGGAUUUUGAUUUAAAAAUAAUAGUUUAACUACCCUACAGACUAGGACGUCGAGGGGUGAACAACUAAUCACGUUCAAAUUUUUUAUGGUUAGGUAAAAACUUUGGGUUAACCUCCAACAGUCCAUCCAAAAAACAGUAUCUUGUAGCAUGUCCUGGCAUGAAGAAACGUUCCAGCUAGGACGUAUAUUUAGUAUAUUAUAAAGAUUUAUGUACCUACCUAUAUGAAUAUGCAUAAAAAUGUACAUGUAUAUGAAUAAAAAUUAAAUCAAGCGACAAUAAAUGAUAAUGCAAUAUUAUGACGUGUAAAUGUGUAAUGUGUAUAAUAAUAUUUCAUGAUACGAAAAAUCGGCGGGCGACUAUUUUACCAAGGUUUAUAUGUUUUUAAAAACCUACUAACAUAAUUUUCAUAUACAGUUUGAUGAUAUACGUAAAUACAAAUAUAUAAUACAUUCUAAAUAAGUCACAAAGGCGAAUGAACAACUGUCUAUUCCCACAAAGAACCUGUGGAUAAUAUCAUAACAUAGGUUUGAAGUGUCUAAUCUACGCCAUAGGUACCUAUAAUUGUGACGCUAAUAAUAAUCAGCUCCGUCACUCUCCGAUAUGUUAAAAAGCGAAUUCCGAUGAUCAAUUUAUUAUUAGCUCCGGGCACGGGAGAAGCGUCACAGGUUCUUUGUAAGAAUAAUAUUACCGUUUUUCAAACGCUCUUCAACCGUUGUUUUACGAAUAUACAUUAUUAUUUUUUAUACUCGACUAAACUGCGUCAUUAAUAAUUGUCAGUAGACAUAUAAUAUAUAUGUUUUGAUAGACUGCAAAAGCAAAAUUGAUCGUACUUACAAGAAAAGUCUCACAAUUAAAAAUAGAUUAAUACAUAUCAAGUGACAAGUGCACGCUUUAUAACAACCCCAGUCCCCAAUAUUCAAUCAAUGAAAAUGUUGAGGCUUAAGUACACGGUCCUGAAUCCUCUAUAGAUAAUUGUGUCUCUUACCCGUCAGGCCAGUUAAUUAUUGCUUAUCAGCUAUAAGAAGUUAUCGAUUACAAUUUAUUUUUUAUUCAAAUAGGUAUAACUAUUUUAGAAAACGACAUUACAUUAUUCAACAAACCAAACCUUCCAAAAAACUGUGGUUAUAUAUAUACAGUAUUUAGUAUACACACUGGGUGAUUCAUCAAGCAUCACUCAUCAUCAACAUCACUCAUCGCUAAGUGCUAGCCCCCAUUUUUACCCUGGUAUUACCUAUAUAUAUUAUAUUAAAGCGAAUAUGUUUAAUUGUCCAGGUCCAUUUAUUAUCCUGCAUUCCUGCAUAGGUUCAUUAUAUUAUGUAACAAUCUAAAUAGGGAAAGUCUUGUAUACAUCCACAAAUUGAAUAAUGAAUACGAGGGUAAAUAUUUUUGUCAAAAGUGCUAUAUAACACUAUAAAAAAAUAGAUAUGCUAUAGUUGGACAUGGAGGGGGAAUUCUUCGAUUAUCAACCAAUCAACCAUUUCAUACUAAUCUUUUGUUGAAAAUAUUUAAAACAAAUA